UGACUUCCUCCCCGCUUCCUGGCAGGCGGGCGCAGCGCAUAUAAAGCUAAGCGCGGGGCGGCGGGAGAGCACCGGCACCAAGCUCAGGAGCCGCUAGGAAGCCGAGAUGGAGCUGUGGUCCCUCUUGUCCGUGGCCUGCCUGGCCCUUUCGCAUGCCGCGGCCUCCCCUUCUGGCCGCCAAGUGAUCCGGGUGGCCCAGCUCUCCACGGACUUUGGGGUCCGGGUGUUCCGGGAAGUGUCCAAGGCCUCCAAAGACCAGAACCUGGCCUUUUCCCCCCACGGCGUGGCUUCGGUGGUGGCCAUGCUGCAGGUGGCCUCUGAGGGAAACACCCGGGGCCAGAUCAAGGGCGCCAUGAGGUUCGGCCUGAAAGAAUGGGGCGUCCCACGAGCCCUGCGGCUGCUGCAGAAGAUCCUGAGUGACCCCCGGAGCAAGGAUGUGGUGCAGAUGGCAGAUGCCCUUUUCGUGCAGCGUGAUCUGCCGCUGGUGCCCACCUUCAUGCUGCGCUUCCAACGACUUUUUCACCAGAUGGUCAAGCAGGUGGACUUCUCGGAGAGCGGCCGGGCACGUGACAUUGUCAAUGCCUGGGUGAAGCAGCACACCAAUGGGAUGAUCCAGGGCUUCCUGCAGGAGGGCACCCUGGAUGCCAUGACACGCCUGGUGCUGGUGAAUGCCAUCCACUUCAAAGGCCUCUGGCAGCUUCCCUUUCCGAAGGCUGCCACUCGCCAGCGUAUCUUCCACAAGCUGGACGGCAGCACCGUUGUGGUCCCCAUGAUGGAGCAGAUGGCUGAAUUCCACUACGGCGAAUUCUCCACCCCGGAGCAGGGGGACUAUGAUGUCAUCGAAUUGCCCUACCAGGGGGAGACGCUGAGCAUGCUCAUUGCUAGCCCCUUCCAGCGGGACGCCCCCCUCUCGGCCCUGGUGACUGCUAUCGACUCCUGCCUCAUCGCAGAGUGGAAGAGCAAUAUGUCUGCCGUGACCCGGCUCCUCGUCUUGCCCAAGUUUUCUCUGGAGAGCGAAGUUGACCUCCGCAGGCCACUGGAGGCCCUGGGCAUGACAGACAUGUUUGAUUGCGAGAAAGCCAACUUCAGCCGCCUCUCAGUGCGGGAUGCCCUCUUUGUGUCUCGGGCGCUACAGAAAGUAAAGAUUGAUGUGAACGAGAGUGGUACCGAGGCCUCUUCUGCCACAGCUGCCAUCGUCUAUUCCCGGAUGGCGCCCUUGGAGAUCGUGCUGGACCGGCCUUUCCUUUUUGUUGUGCGGCACAACCCAACUGGAACCAUCCUCUUCAUGGGGCAGGUGAUGGAGCCCUGAGCGCCCCUCUGCCGCCGGACCUCCCUCUGAAGAGAAGGGGGGCCUUUCUUCGCCCGCCCAGGGAGCCUCCGUGCCAGCGGGAUGACCCACCACCAAGCCCUUUGUGGAAGUCGCUUCUGCUGGGCCUUCUCCCUUGCCUGCCCUGCCACUCCUGGCAUCGAGAACCAGGCACCGGCAAACCAAGUUCCAGGCAGGAGCUCUGCCAGCUGCUCUCAAGGAAUGAAUGCCUGGAUGGAGAAGGUGCCACCGUGGAUGCCAGCCUUGCCCGGGCACUGCCCCUUCGCACUGGAUCAGGGAGCCGGUCCCUCCUCCCCUUCUGGAACAAGAGCCUCUUGGGGGGAGCUGCCCCCCACCGUCUGAACUAGAGCACUUUGGGACUAAGAAGAGAAACUUAAUAUAUGCAGAUAUUUUGUCUUAUUUUUGCACAUAAAAAUACACUGCGACGGCAACUGA